AUGCUGUCGACAUCACCGGUCAGCGCAAAAUCCAUCGUCUUUCUGCUUGGGCUGCUCUACCUUCAAGCACAUGGCUCGGAUGCUGCCAUCUCGACAUCUGCCGGCUUCCCUCAGGACGUCUUUGCCAGGCCCGCUUUCCAAGUCAACUACGGUCGCGCUGGCGGACUCGGUAGCACACUGCCUGUAAAGCGCGCCGAUGCGAUCCGGAUCUUGGAGCAGCAGGAGGCUUCCGCCUCGUCUUCUUCGUCCAGCUCGCCGCAUGCCAAGCCUCCACAGUCCACAGACCUUUCCUCCUUAGCUUUGCCAGAUGGCAUGGGCUACAGAUCCGGCAGUCAGCACGCUGAACCCUUGAGGACGCUCUUCUGGACGCUCCAACGUAGCUCGUCGGACGCGUUUCAGCUGUGCUCCGUACCUGACUUUACCUCUACACCAGCAGAUCGUCGCGCCUCGAGCCGUCAUGCAUCAACUUUCGCCAACUCUCUACGCACACGACAGGACCUUAUACGAAAUGCGCAGGUGUUGCUCGAUCCCCUCAAAAAGGUCUGUCUGUAUCAUACGACCGACUGGUUCACCUACAGCUUCUGCCACGGACGCGAGAUCCGCCAGUUCAGGCGAUUGGGCCCCCAGACUGCUGCACACAAAGCCUUCAAAGCCGCAGGUGGGGGUGACGCCGGCAAGAAGGCAGCUCUCGAAGCUGCGGAAAAGGUGAACAGCAUUCAACAUCCUAUUGCAGAUCCAGAGUACCCAGCCUUCAUCUUGGGUCGUUGGACUCCGCAGAACGAGGACAUUGUCGGCGACGAUCAAAGUCAUCAACGACGUCAGCAGCAGCCUAUCAGCAGCGAUUCGCCGCAACAAGAUGCUGCUACGGGUGUCGCGGUGUCAUCGAAUCGGGACAUGUCGUCCGUCAUCAACUCAGCCGGUCUAGAUCUGGUAGAGCAAGUACAGUUCGGCGACUGGGAUGAAGAAGAGCUGUUCGCGGCAGAAGCGAAAGCUCUCUCGCAAUUUCAAGAUUCGCAGAGCAACAAGGCGGUAGAAAAAGCGAACAACGCAGCCGGUGCGGGAGGCAACGAGUCGCAGCGACAUCGGUAUCUGACGCAAAGGUGGACGAACGGCACCAUGUGCGACAUGAAUCACCAACCCAGGAGCGUUGAAGUGCAGUUUCACUGUUCGAAUCGUAAGCCGUCGGAGGACAGGAUCGUCAUGUUCAAGGAGACCACCAUUUGCAACUACGUGUUGAUCAUCGAGACCCCGAGACUCUGCGCAGAUGCCGCGUUUGGGAGCGAGAAGGAGGAGGCGCCGUUGCCGAUUCAGUGCCAUCAGGUGGUGGGAGAUGCCUACAAAGGGCCGACGGUUGCGGAUCCGGAAGAGUUGCAGCAGCCAACGCUGUCAGAAAUCGAUGGUGGUGCGGGAUCAACGACGUAUGAUAAGGUGGAUGGGAAAGCGGAGACAGCCGGCGAUGUCGACGGAGCGGAGGAGCCAGUGACGAACUCGCACACGUAUGGCGAUCCUUCCCGAUUCGGCUCGGUGCACGAUGACUACUACGACGAAGCUCUCGGCGGUCCAGGUGCCAUGUACCAGCAUUUGCAUCAUGACCACGACCAUCAUCACCACCAUCACCACGAUCACGAUGACCCGCACCACCACCAUCAUCAUGAAGAAGACGAAACCGAGAUCAUGGUCGAGAUCGGAUUGGACGAGGAUGGCAAGCUGGUCGUCCAACAAGUAAGCGAUCAAGUACCGGAGGACACCAAGGAGACCAGACGCCGUGAUGGUGGCAAGAAACGCAGCGAUGACGACGACCACGACCAACCGCUUGCAGAGAGCAUGGACGACCAGCCGAUAGAGAUCCACCUGGAUGACGAGGAUCUUCUGUCGGUAAUACGUGAAGAUCAAGGUGGGAGGCUGGAACAGAAGCUGGCCGACAAGAUUUCGGAGAUGUUCAACAAGCAGCUGCAGAAGCAGACUGAUGCGUACCCGACUUCUGCUCGUUCGAAGGAAGACGAUGAUAAGACGGUGGAGAGUAAGGAGAAAAGUGGGAAAAUGCAGACGCCGGACGACAUGGCGAAGCUAUACAGCAAACUGAUGUCGGCUAUAACUGGUGAUUCGGCGAAUGCGAGAAAGGAUGGGAGGGAGGGAAAGCAAACGCAGCAGCAGCAACAACAGCCGGCACUGCGGAUGGAAAAGGUGGGGGACAGCCUGUCGGAGCGCGUGAAACGGUUUUACGAUGCGAAGCAGAGACAAGGCAAGGAAAAGGAGCAGGACGAGGGAGCCAAACGGACAAGGCCGCCGCCGCCGCCGCCUGUGGAGGAGCAUCUCGAGCUGUGA